AUGUCGUACAAAGCUGUGGUACAAAGUGUAAGACGCGUCAGCGCCGGCAACAUCGUCUUUUCCACAAACCAAAGAUCCUUCGUGUGUUUAACCGCAGAAGCUUCCAUUCCCUUCAACCCUGAAGAGUACUCCGACGUGAACGAGCUGCGCGCCCUAGCCGAACUAAUCGGUCCCUACGACAUGAAGCAACUAAGCGAAACCUUAAUGUGGCACAUCGCUAGUCAAGUCGUCGAACUAAAGAAACUCGCUGAAACCAACAAAGAAGUCCUACUCUCUCUCCGCACCAACUUCGACAAACCCGAAGUGAUGAAAGAACAGUUCAAGAAGCUCUCCAACGUCGAGAACGUCCUCCAACGAAUGACCAUAGUAGGAGUGAUCCUCAGUUUCCGCCAACUAUCGCAGUCGUGUCUCACUGACGUCCUCGAGCAAAGAAUCCCGUUCUUGUUGAGCUCCAUUCUGGACUUCCGCCACCAUUUACCCAGUGGCGACCCGCUCAAAGUCGUCAGUGAGAUGACUUCCGCGGCGGGGAUCCCCUGCAAGGUUGACCCCACUCUGGUGAACGCGCUCAAGAUGCAGAAACCCGAAACCGACGUCGACGAACACUUGUUCGUGUGUUUGUUGAUGGUGUUCGUGGCGGUUUCCAUCCCGAAGUUGGCGCGGCAAGACCAGUCGUUCUAUAGAGCGUCGCUGGAAGGUCACACUAACAAUAUCCACUGUAUGGCGCUGGCGGUGAACCACAUCUUCGGCGCGUUGUUCACCAUUUGCAACCAAGGGGAUAUGGAAGAUCGCAUGAAGGAGUUUCUGGCUUUGGCGUCGUCGAGUUUGCUGCGUUUGGGGCAAGAAGCGGACAAAGAAGCUACGAAAAAUAGAGAGAGUGUGUAUUUGCUGUUGGACCAGAUUGUACAAGAGUCGCCUUUUCUUACCAUGGACUUGCUGGAGUCCUGUUUCCCGUAUGCUCUUAUUCGUAAUGCUUACCAUGCUGUGUACAAGCAGGAACAGAUGUUGGCUUAGGAUACUGUUACUUUAUUGUUUUCGUUAGAAACUGAAGCAAUUCCUGUUACAGCACGUGUAUCAUUAGGUAUUUGUGUAUUCCAUAACCUUUUAUAGUACCUAUUGCAAUAAAAUAUUUUAUAAAGAUUUGAAA